UAGCUUUUCAGUUAUAAUUUUUUGAUGUAAAAGAUCAAGACUAAAAUCCAACUAUUAAAAAUAGUCUACCUAUUUCUAAAUAAUUGUAUUCGACUGUGAUGUUGAGUUAGUUUAAGAAUGCUUGAUUUUUUUCGCCAAAGGAAAGGAUUGUCAAUAAACACCCUUAAUUGCUAAAGUUUUUGAGUUCAUUCUCAGGAUUUCACCGAUGCAGAGAUACGAAAAUUAAAGUUGUACGGUUAACCGAAACUUGGUUAGACAAUGAUGAGAACGUUAGCAUAUCAAACUUCACUUAUGUUGUCAAAUAUAAACUACUGCACAUUUGAGCAGGAGGUGUUACGAUCUGUUAUAAUAAAGGCAAUACAUUUAACACUGACUCUCUACAUUUUCAUAUGUGUGCAAUAAAUUCCACUGUACAUACAGCAGUUUGACUGAAAUUGGCGAUAUGUAAAAUAUCAAAUGAAAAGGAACUUGCCAUCGCAGCGAUCACAUAUCUCCUAACCAAAAAAAAAAUUUAGAAUUUCAUUAAUUUCGUACAGAGUAAUGUACACUCAUGGCGGAUGCGUCCUUGCCACCACGACUAGAUAAGGAACAACGAUUGAUGCUCUAUUUCCCAGAAAUUUACACUAUUUAAAAUCACGAACAUAUGUUUCAUACUUGAGUUACCAGAAAGCCAUAAUAUCAGCUAUACCGGUAUUUUUGAAUCGGUAAAGAAGUAUUCACCUCUAUCACGUGUGCUGUGCUGCACGCGACUUGGCGAAUGUACGUGAAAAAAAUGCUCAACUGGAAUAGAAUGGAAAUUAUACGUACAUACUUAUAUAUUUAACAGUACUGACAUUUCAGAAGCUCACGAUUUCUCAUUUUGUUUAUUGUCGAUGUUAUUGAAUUUGGGUGAUUUUAGCGAGUAUUCUUUUACCGCUAAAAAGCUAUUGUUUUAUUAUUUAAACGACACGAAAACGAAACUCCGUGAAUUGUAUAAUAUAUCCAUCGGUCCAUCGGGACAAGUUGACUUAGCCGACCCGAUCACAUGGCGAUCGCUUGUUUGCUCGUACAGUCUUCAAGGCGGCCAAUAUUCAAUUCCAACUUCUCCACUUUAUCCCUGGGACAAAUGGGAGGAUACUUUCGCACGCAAAUCCAGGCUUUUACAUAACAGCCAACCUGAUCUUGCCUCCUAUAGUUAUGUAACUGAUGAAUCACGACUGUUCUUUUACACUUUACUGGAGGCAUUAAUGAGCCAGCGGGGAGUUAAUGGUCGGUCGUGCUUGCUGCGCUCCAUAUGUCAAAAUGCACAAGUGGACCAACAUGUGGGGUUGUUGUCAGAAAUCCUGGAUACAGUGCUCACACCCGGCGUGGAAGACCUGGAUAAGAGUUAUCAGAGAGCGCGAGAGGCCGGUGUCGCUGGGGCAGAUUGCUUCAAAUUAUUUGCCGAUUGUCCGGAAGGUCACAAUUGGUUGGAUACCUAUUUGGAUUACAUUUAGUAUGCAGACUAUAAAAACAUUGACGAAGUACCUUAAGCCGAUGCAUCGGGAGGCUGAUUAUUUAUUAUUACUUGUACAAAAGAGGAAAUAUUUGGAACCUUUAAGACUUAGAGUUUAAAAACUUGGAUUUGUUAUGGUAGAUAUGUUGCUUUUGCUGCUAGCAAUUCAAAAUAAAAUUUAAUAGAAACAAGUAA